GAGCAGUUCAAAGAUUUGCAUAUGCAGAUGCAUCUAGUGAAUCUAGUGAGUAGAAACAGCAGCUUAGUAGCUAGGAUCGUGACAACUUUUGAAUCAUGUUUGUUUUCAAGCAGUGCUGAUCAAAGAUGCCAUCGGGUUUUCUCGUUUUUCUUUUUGCUUCGUCGCACAGCUGUGCAACCAUUCCAAGUCUGACUGUUCCGAUUGGGAAGACUAUUGAGAUCGGACUUGAUGAAUCUAGAGGAGAUGCAUGGGAAGGUAGGCAAAGAGAUGGCAUGGCUCCCUUGCUGACCGAAAAAUAUUAGCCAACACAAGCUCAGUUGACAUUGCCACAUAUCGACCCCCUUCAGGACAUGUCAAGACAUCUCAACGGCCUUUGAACUCGCUAUUAGGUUGGAGGCGAUGCCUGGAAGGUUGGCCAUCGCUCUUGGGUUGGAGGCCAUUGCUAUUAGGUUCUUUGAACUCGUUGUUUUCUCUUCAUCUACCAUGUUCACAACACGAUGAUGCCGGAUGAUGCUGGAAAAUGCCUGCGCUUCUUCUGCACAAGGCCUCACUCUUUCAAUGAGCAACUUGCCGAAAGCUUUCACCAACCUGCGCUUUCCAGCAAGGACGCUAUUAGUAGCUCCUGGCCUUACUACUAGGAGCAAGGACGCUACUAGGAACAAAGGGCAUUGCUACUAGGAACAAAUGGUGCGACCAAAGAGUUCACCUCAAAGACGAAGAGAAGAAGGAGCCUUCGGGCCGGCCCUGAUUCGACACUCACCGUCACCAAUUUAGAGCAACUGAUUUCCUCCAACGUCGCAGGGCAGACAAGGGUCGAAGAGAUUGCCCGAAGAGACAGACGUCAAUGCAGCAAUCACUUCUCAUCUUGCAAGAAAGUGUGCGCAAGCGGUUUGCUGUUUUUGGUUCUGUCACAGCUUUAGGCGCUAACGUCUGCUGAACAGGAACUGCCAACACGUCCAAACCCGCGACCUUUGGCCCAGAUCCGCAGAUUGAAAGGACUUGGCUUGCCCGGCUUGCCCUUUUGUGAAAUGCCUUUGACCUUAGAGUCAGAUGAUGUAGACGACAUCGAUCCGGGAACAUUUGUCUAUUGGUGCGGGCAAGAUGAUGAUAUUCCACGAGACGACCUGGGCGAAGUUCUUUCAGUUCAUGAUGAAAAGCGGAAGGUGAGCUUCCCUAAGGGCACUUGGAAGCUGUCCGCAGUCAAGGUGAACGUCUCCGAUUUCCAAAAGAAGACCUUCGUGCAUGUCGUGGAUGAUGAAAUAGACGCCGCUGCAAUUGGACAAAUUACCGAGUUGGACAAUGGCAAAUUGUGUGUGAUGAUCCAAGGGAAGCAAAAGUUUUUCCAUACAAACAAGUUGAUGCGAUGUGACUUCCAACCAGGGAUGUUUGCUUUUUGGACCCGAGCAGAUGAUGAAAUCCCGAAGAAUCACAUGGGAGUGAUCUUGGAAGACUUGAACGAUGAAGGCAGAGUGCAGGUGAAAUUCCCAAAUGGCACGUGGCGCUUCAAGCCGUAUCAAUUAGUGCGAGCGCAUGUUCAACCCCGCUCAUACGUACAGUGGACCGGCUCAGACGAUGAUAUUCCCAAAGGUGAGAUCGGAAGGGUUGUUGGAGAUCUGAAUGAUGAAGGGAGGAUUCUGGUGCAAUUCUGCAAGGGGAGAUGGAGAUUUAAGCCAGAGGAGCUCUUUUUGAACGAGAUGCAGUAUGGUUGCUUCGUGAAGUGGAGUUCACACGAUGAGGAUGUCAAGAAAGGCGAUGUCGGCAUUGUCACCGGCUUGAAAAAAGACAGUGGCAGGCUCAAAGUUAGGUUUCCUAAAGGACAGUACAACUUCAAAUCCAACGAGCUCCGACUACAUCAAGUUCAGCCUGGGGAGUUCGUUUAUUGGGAUAAAUGUGACAAUGACAUCCCCAGAGGACACAUCGGAGAAGUGGUGAGGAUGAAAGACGAGGAGAAUUAUGUUCGGGUCCAAUGGCCACGAGGAACAUGGAGCAUGAAACCACAUGAACUCCAAAAGCUUCCCUUUCAACGAGCGGAUCGUGUGCAAUGGAUUAAAGCGGACGACGACAUCCCAGAAGGGCACAUUGGCCAGGUCAUGGGCAUCAAGUACGGAGAGGACGAGGAAGAUGGCUUAACAGGGCACAGGUUGUUCGUGCGCUUUCCAAAAGGGCGCUGGCACUUCGAUCCUUCGUCUUUGAAGAGCCUCAACCUGGAUGUUGAUGGUGUCAACGAGCUCAAGGCAACAUUCAAGCGCUUUGACAAGAAUGGAGAUGGAAAGCUUUCGCUGGAAGAAUUGCAGUCUGUCUUGGGAAAGCUCGGAGAAGGUGGUGGGGGACUUUCCGAUGAGGAAUGCCAAGAGUUGUUCAAUGCGCUGGACAAGGAUGGAAAUGGCAAGCUCACUUCGGAUGAGUUCCUGGACUAUGUUUUUGGUACUGAUGCCUCGGGAUCUAGCAAGAAGCUUCUUGGAGAUGGCUUUGGUCUGCAAGCUGUGCUGGGCCUGGGCGGUGAUGAUGAGGAAGAAGAUGACGAUGAUGAUGAUGAUCCCAACAGCGGAGGCGGUGGUAAUCAGGUGGUCAUCCCUCCUACUGAUUUCAACGUCACCUUGGAUCCAGAGGAUGUGGGCGAGAUCAACGGCGAGACCCCUGUAUCCAAGGCCGAAUGGGUUUCAGCUAUGCUUACAGUGGGUAUGUGUCGAGCUGCUUCAGUGGAAAGCUUCGAAGGAUGUCUGAAAGAACUGGGCCAAGAGGAUGGCGAGGUGCCGUUGAAAGAAUUAGCUGCGGAGCUGAAUGGAAUUGGGAGCGCAGCAGGUGUUGAGGAGUUGCGGGCAGCGGUGGGAAAGGUGAAACAGGGCAAGGUACCUGCGCAAGAUCUUGAGGUUGCACCAGAGGACAAUCCGUUUGAAAAGGAGUUGGCCACGAAGACCGGCAUUGAUGGCCUUCUUUUCCAUCUGAAUGUCCGCAAGAUGAGCUAUGACGACUCAGCAGCCGAACUUCCGAAUGCAAAACUCUCUGCCCUGGAAGAGAAGGUCUUGGGAGAAAUGGGAGAUGGCUUGGUGGAUGCAGUCAAGGAACAUGCUCAAAAUCCACCCACCUUGAGCGCUGUAUCCUCCUGGCAACGUGCGCGAGAGAAUUGCCGAAAAGAAGUCCAGGCGAUCAUCGACCAGUGCACGAGCAGCGGAGAGAAGUUUGUGGAUACGACAUGGAAUCCAACUGAAAGCGACGAAGCAGAAGCAUUUGUAAUGUAUGUCGACAAAGAAAAGCCCGGUUGGGAUUGCACUGCCACCAAGCCAAAGAGUUGGAAGCGAAUCAAGGAGGUCAUGGAGAACGGAGAGGUGGUGGUCGGGGACUGCGCUGCAAAUGACAUUGAUCAGGGCAGCUGUGGAGACUGCUUUUUGUUGGGGGCCCUCGGCGCCGUCGCCGCCAACCGGAAGCGCUUCAUUCGGCAAGCCUUUGUGCACUACGACACUGAGAUCGGAGUAUAUGGGAUACUCUUCUGCAUCGAAUCACAUUUCGUCUACGAGAUUAUCGAUGACAACAUGGGCAUGAGAAGCAGCUCUAAACUGAGAUGGGCUUCGAGUAGGGACAAGGAUGAGUUCUGGGUAUCCAUUCUUGAGAAGGCGUAUUUUAAGCACCACACAUGUGUGGAAAUGUGCGAUGGUGGUCAUGGAACUGAAUCGAUAUUCUGCUUCCUGGGUGGAGUCACUGGCAUGUACGAAGUUGGCAGCAAAUAUUUUGACAAGCCCAAAGAGUACUUUGACUUGGUCAAUAAGGGUCUAAGCAGCGGCGAGCUCAUGACAACGGGAUUCACAAAACCCAGCAAAGGGAAAUAUGCAGAAGGAGCCCAGGGUCCAGAUGGCCCUUGUGGAGAGAAAGGAUUGCCUUUUGGAUUGAUUGGCGGUCAUUGCUAUUCGAUCAUAAGAAUUGCAGAAUGCAACGGCCAUCACUUACUUUGCAUCCGAAAUCCUUGGGGAUCAGGUGAAUGGUCUGGGCCAUGGAGUGACGCGGACUCGAACUGGACAGACGAGAUGAAGGAAGCUCUUGGAGUUGUGAACAAGGUGGAUGGUACAUUUUGGAUGGCUGUCGAGGACUUCGUGCAAGUCUCAAAAGGAAUCAAGUUCAUCCGGAACUUCGGACCUUCCUGGCAAUGCGCGGUGCAGAGAGGAUGUUACAGCGAGGAACCGAGCAAAGCCCGUGCCAAGAAGGAUUAUCAAGCCUGUGACGACAGUGAGAUCACCUUGAAAAGGGGCGACAUUCUUCAACUCUCGCAAGAUCAAGGAUACUGGAAAAAAGGCACCAACGAGAGAACAGGUGAAAGCGGAUUCUUUCGGACCAAAGAUGUUGACGUGCAGAUCAAGCAAGCAUAUAAGUUCAAAUUAUCGGUCGAGGACAUGGCGGAGGGGACGCCCUUGAUCUUUGCAGCCAUGUCCGAAAACCAACUGAUGAGGCGCGAAUGGAAAGUCCGAAAGGAAGAUGGCAUGAAUUACAAAGACAAGUCGCAACCUACCGGACUGCUCUUCAUCAUUGACAGCAAUGGGCAAAAGAAGAAGGAAAAGCUCAGGUACCGGCAUGUAUGGACAUACUUGGAUAGCACAAAGGGACCAUGGUCUGUGUACCUGUCCGCCAUUAAUGGAAGAGGCAUGCGGUACAAUGUGUUUGGAAUCUCGUUGGAAAUCAGUAUCAAGCACCGACUAGGUACUCAGCCUGCUUUUGGCUAAGGAUACGCCCCACAUGGAACCAUACACUUGGAGAAGGAGGAUGCAUGUCCAGCAUUCGAUAGCUGAGUUGUUGAUCAUUGCUUUUUGUUGCCUCAUGUUCUUUUCUGAGGGUUGAUGGUCAAUGGUUGUGUUCUGGAGAAAUUGAAGACAUCAGGCCUUCAAUGCACACUUUACAGGUUGAGAAAAACAAUCCGAGACGGCUCCUUCCACUUUUGGCCUUUCCAAGGUGAUCUCGUACUCAGAUUUCUUGGAUGCAGUUUUUUAAGUGCCAGUGUGCAAUUUUUUACUCAGAUUCACCGGAAAUCGGAUGGAAGGUAAAAAUUUUGCCAGUUGUACUUUGAACUGGGUAACAAAACCUUGACUUGCACUUGCACUGACACCAACUCCCGUGGCAGAGCCAAAGAGUUCAAGUUGGAACUCCAUUUUGGAAGCCCUCCGUGUAAUAUAUGUUUUGACGUGAUCUUUAGACUUCGCAGCUUCCAUUCAGACCAUCUG